AUGAUUGAUCUAGUGGAUGUUGAGGAUAAGGGAGAUGAGAUGAAGACCGAGGUGCCUAUUCCUCCUCUCGCAACAAGACCAUUUAGUUCCAAAGUACCACCACUAGGACACACAUGUGCGAGCACUACCAUUGGGACGCAUCAGGGGUCUAUUCCACAAAGUGAGUCCCAUGCAGCAUACAUGAUUGAUCUAGUGGAUGUUGAGGAUAAGGGAGAUGAGAUGAAGACCGAGGUGCCUAUUCCUCCUCUCGCAACAAGACCAUUUAGUUCCAAAGUACCACCACUAGGACACACAUGUGCGAGCACUACCAUUGGGACGCAUCAGGUGCAUGCUGAAGUGAAAGAGAAUUGCGCUGGGUUUAGAUGA